AUGGCGAAGCGAAAGGAGGAUCCGUUACAAGCAGAGGACGCGCACGACAAGCUGGAGCUGAUGCCGCUGGGCGCGGGCAACGAAGUUGGGCGCUCGUGUGUGUUCAUGUCGUACAAGGGCAAGAACGUGCUGUUCGACUGUGGCAUUCACCCCGCAUACUCUGGCAUCGCUGGGCUGCCUUUCUUUGAUGAGAUUGACCCCUCCUGUAUCGACGUGCUGCUCGUCACACACUUCCAUCUCGACCAUGCAGCAUCGCUGCCAUACUUUCUCUCCAAGUCUUGA